AUGCUCUCCAACUGGCCUGGGCAGCGCUAUCGCUCCCUGUCCGGCUCGUUGGUCGACCAUGAGAAACGACGAUACUCCGACGCGAGCGACGAUGAUACGCCCUCCCUUUACUCCUCCGAUCAACCCAUGCUCUCCAACUCUUCUCCGCCCCGAAAGAACUAUGCGCUGUCAUACCACCUACCUCGGCGGCGCUUCUCGCGUUAUUUCACCCUCAUCAUAGCGUCCAUACUUGUCCUCAUGGUCGUCUACCUGGUCAAGAUGGGCUCCAGCAGCGACGCCCAGAUACGGAUGGGGUUGCGGAAGGGUCCUGAUCCUCCGAACCCGUGGGAAAGCUUUCCAUUCUUGAAGCGAUAUCAUGGUGGAAUCAGGAGCUUAGUGAAGAGAAAAGACAACGUCGCCGAGUACCCCACGGGCGACGAGGCGGAUAUGCAGGCGGUGAUGGAGGCAGCCAUGGCUCAGAAGAAGAAGGAUGACAAGGUCGACCCCAAGAAGGAUCCCGGGUUUCAAAAGAGAGAUACGCAAGAGGAUGGUUCAGUGAAGGCGGAAGCCAAGCAGGAUUGGCCAGGUCUGAGGUUCGACCCCUACAAGCAGUACUCGUGGGGUGCGGAAUACGAGCAGCCGGUGCACUGCUACUUGGACAACGUCACGAAACGGGAGAUACCGCCCCUGCUCGUGCAUGAAGGUAUCCCAGAAGGGUUUCCAGACCCGGUCAUGGGUAGCUACGAUCUGUUUGGCUUGAACAACGAUGUUUGUUUCGAGCGGUAUGGCAGGCUUGGGCCCUACGGUUUUGGCUACAGUCGGAAGUACGGCGGCAGUGGGGCGGGUAUGGAGGGUGAGAAAGAUGGGUCGGAGAGCGUUUGGGGUGGGCGUGACGAGAUCGACUACCGGGACGUCAAAUGGGCAAAGGUGCAACAGAGCUGCAUGGAGGCAAACGCACAUCGGUUCAAGCAGCCUUCCAAGGAGAUGAAUCACUUCUUCAGGCCGAUGGGUACUGGAGGGCCAGUGGGCGACCCGAACAACGUUAAACAGAAGCUCGAAGAUCAGACAACUGGGCCGAACGGCAAGAAGUUGGUGCCGAGAACAGCCAUCAUCAUCAGAACGUGGAAGGACUACCAAUAUGACGACGAAGAUAUGUUCUACCUUCGAGCGCUCAUGAACGAGCUCACGAUCCAGUCGGGCACAGAAUAUGUCGUUCACUUUUUGAUCCAGGUCAAGGAUCUGGAUCUCCAGAUAUGGGCAGACGAAGAGACGCACGAGCGGGCGUUGAAGGAGGCUUUGCCGCAGGAGUUCUGGGGCAUGGGCACUCUCUGGAGUGAGCGACAAAUGAAUCUUGUCUACGGAGGUGUGCAGGAGACGGUCUACCGAGACCUGCCGGUGUUCGGUGUUUACCGAAGCACAUACCUCCCUCUACAGUACUUCGCGCACAUGCACCCAGAGUACGACUUCUUCUGGCAUUGGGAGAUGGAUAUCCGGUAUACUGGCCAUUUUCACCAUCUCUUCGACAAGGUGACGAAGUGGGCCAAGCAACAACCUCGAAAAGGGUUGUGGGAGCGCAACGGACGCUUCUACGUACCCGCUGAGCAUGGUCCUUGGGAAGACUUCAGGCAGCUGGUGCGUGUGCAGACGGAACAUGGUACCGCAAGAAAAGACAGCAUGUUCGGCAAACUUUCAGAGGACGCAGGCUCUCGCCACCCCCUUGACUCAGAAUCACGGCAGCCCGCCAAAUCGAUCUGGGGACCUGAAAGGCCUUCAGGGAAGGGUGAUGAGGUUUCGGAGCCCCACAAAGAUCCGGAGCCACCUACCACGUACGAGAAGGAUAACUACGAAUGGGGCGUUGGUGAAGAAGCAGAUUUCAUCACCUUUAAUCCGCUCUUCGACCCGCAUAACACCAAUUGGCUCCUUUCCGAAGAUGUGACAGGCUACAACACCAGUAAGGGCUUCCCUCCUCGCCGUACCGCCAUCAUCACGGCAAGUCGACUCAGCAAACGUCUAUUGGAUACUAUGCACAAGGAGACGCUGUUCAAGCGACACACAAUGUUCUCCGAAAUGUGGCCUGGCUCCCUCUCGCUGCACCAUGGCUACAAGGCCGUCUACGCCCCCCAUCCAGUGUACAUUGACCGUCGCUGGCCGACCUCCUACCUCGCGGCGAUCUUCAACAACGGCGUUCACGGCUCCGCUGGCGGGUCGAGAACCAGUGUUUUCAGUGACGAGCGACAGCACAACUUCCUGGGCACCACCUGGUACUAUCACGCCGGCUUCUCGCCAAAUCUGUGGAAGCGCUGGUUGGGCUACAAGGUCGACAACGACGGUGGAGAGGAGUGGGAGAUGCGUGAAGGUGGUGAGGGGAGGAUGUGUUUGCCGGGCAUGCUGCUGCAUCCGGUCAAGCAGGUUGAUUUGGUGUACGAGCGGAAGGCUGGGGAUGGUUGA